AUGUUUGAUUCAUUAAUGCCACGUAAAUAUGCUAAAGUAAUAAUGGAAGAUUUUCAGGUAUUUCGUGAACGUCUACAAUAUGUAAAUACAUCACAUAAAGGUGAUGAUGAUUUACAGAUGACAGUUUUUCGUCCAUUACAUGUUGAAAGAAUGGAAAAUGCUUCAAUUUUAUUUGCUGAUAUUGUUGGUUUUACACAUUUGUCAUCAAAUAAAAGUGCAUCACAAUUAGUAUCAUUAUUAUCCGAUUUAUAUGGACGAUUUGAUGAUUUAUGUGUGAAAAUGUCAUGUGAAAAAAUAGCCAGAUUAGAUGUUUGUUAUUAUUGUGUUACUGAUUGUCCUGAACCGUGA